CUUUUAUUGAGUAUGCUCCAUGUAGUGUCAAACAAACUGCCCUAAUUGAUCUGCUUUUGCGAUAACUUAUAUUGCAAUUUAAAUUAAUAUCUGUUGAUUUAGGUUUAAAGAGCCAAACUAAAGUUGAAGUAUGCCCACGUGUUACUGAUUAGCCCUGGACUACCCUGGUGACGACAAAGUGGUCCAUUUCAGUUCUUCGAGAAUAUGUUCAUGUUGUUUUCUGCAGCCUGUUUUCGUAGUUCAGGUGUCAGACUUUUGCGUGCUUAUGGUAACGCGAUGACUUCGGAUAUUUCAGACAAGGUAUUUUCUAUCACUGGUCUUUCAUGAUUACAUAAUGUUUUUGAAGAUUAGUUAUUCUUGGGUAUGUUUUACGGCGAGGUUAUUUUUGCAGAUGGUACAGAACGCCGAACGACUGCCGAUCGCUGAAUGUCACUCUAAAGUAGCUAAAUGUUGUAAAUUUAUAGAGUUGAGAAACGGAUUAUAUCAAAUUCCAGUCUGGGUGAUUGUGCCGAGUGAACUGAACCUGGCCUUGAUUCAUUCAGUUUCUUGUCAAAUAUCACUGACCUUCAGCAGGGCUGUCAAUUCCCACCCCCCACGACAACGUCAUCAAAUAUUGAGAAUUGAUAGGAAUGAUAGAUGACGUCAUAUUACACGACAAAUGACGUCAUUCGUGCCGACGGUUAUAGCACAUAAACAGUUCUUAUUUAGCCACAUUAUUGUUGAAAUUACAGAGGCAUACCAGAAUUUAUGAGGAAACAUUCCAUGUUUUCAGUAGCUCAAACAAUGCAAAAUAUUUGAAAUUUUAUGAUUGGAAAGUCGAGUCUACAAGGAAUAGCAACUUUCGCGAUUAUCUGGGAGAUAUCAGACUCUACUGCAGAGACUGGGGAAUACAGUCCAAAAUCUGGAGUCUCCCAGAUAUUUAUCUGGGAGAGUUGACAGCACUACCUUCCCAGGGGCAGAUCUAAGGGGAGGGUGCCGGGGGUGUGCACCCCCCCCCCCCCUCUGAGAUGACCUGCGGUUUUCUAAUACAACUGGUAUUCUGCAAAAAAAAAAAAAACUGUAUGGUUUGUUGGUGUUGAAGUAGAGCAAGAGACGAGUGCACCCCCUCCUAAAAAAAAUCCUGGAUCCUCCCCUGCUUCUGGUCAGCCAUUCAGCAUUCCAAACUGACUCCUGCCGGCAACAUUGACCCUUCUGCUCUGACCCCUGCCAUCAAUUCACCAUUUUCACAUUGCCCAUAAAAUGCCCUGUUUACCUACAAAGUUUUGCAGGAGAAAUUGAACACAAAGCUUAUGCAAAUUUUUGGGGGUUAACAAGUUGUAUUAUGGGCAAAUGGGAAAAUGAUGAACUUUCCCAACAGUGCCCCUACCUCCCCCUCCCCACCUGAAACCAAAAAACUUAUGCCUUUCAGAUUUCAGAGAACAAAAUGUUUGGAACAUGGCAAUCUUAAGCUACACUGUUUGUAUGUUUUUACUGUCAAUUUAUUUUAAAAUUCUGAACAACAAUCAGUAUUUAAAAUCAUUAAUGAGCGCAUCAACAAAGUGCAUAGCCUGGGACCAGGCUCCGCAGUUGGGGAAAAGGCAAAAAAAAUAUGCGAAGCAAGCUGAGCGGUAGUUUCCCCCUCACCAGUCCACCGCUGCAACCCACCCAAUGUCAUACCCUGAAGUUGCUGUUUUUUAAUUGUCUUUUAGCCAGCUCUACAUGAAGCAGUUGGUAAGAUCUCUUGGUUGUUAGGGAAGUGGAAAGGAGAAGGGUGUGGUGUUUAUCCAACCAUCUCGCCAUUCAUGUAUGGUGAAGAAAUUGUUUUCAACCAUGUAGGACAGCCCAUGCUUUCUUACAAGUAAGUGAGAGGUUAUUUGCAUUAUUAAGGCAUUAUACUUGUGAUCGUGUGAUCAAGACACCAAGAAUCUCUAUAAAAUGCACACAUUAAGUUGGUCCAUGCUCUCCUUCCACCUUUUUUUCACUCUCCAUCAGGUGGACACCUCUCUAAGACAAACAACGUUUGUUGAUCCUAGGUAGGGUUGUCCAUCCUAGCAAUAAAAUGCUCAUAUUUUUUAUUUCAUCAUCAUUUCAUUUAUUUAUUAAUUUCAGCUCAAGAACGUGGCAUGCAGAAAAUGGAAAACCUAUGCAUCAUGAAACUGGGUGGCUAAGAAUUAAACCAGGAACAUCCACACUGGCUUUUAUAAUUGCACAGAAUACAGGUAUUUAAUGGCAGCUCACUAACCUGUAUUUUUCAAAAAAAUUUUUUAUGUUACUAUAAUUUAUUGUUACUGUACAUUUCAACAGGUGUCACUGAAAUUGAGGAGGGUGAGGUUGAAGGACACAAGAUUCGUCUUCUUUCUCACACAGUUGGAAGAAUGAGCUUUGGUGCAGAGCCAAAAGUCCUCAAGGUACAGUAUAAGAAGCACUGUACUUGUUACUACAUUGCGAGAUUUCAAAUUCAGUUUAAAUUGGAAUAACAGAUUACUAGAAAGUUCUGUGGGCAAAUUCUCCUUUGCUUCACAAGCAAACACAAGGCAGGUUUAAAGGAGAAUCAGACAGUUAGUCAGAUUAGUGGCAUGUUUCCAGGCACCCCUUCAUAUUGAAAGUUGUUGUAUUUAGUAUACCUGCAUGCCUGUAGUUUAGAGGAGUUUUAAAACAUAGGGUUGCUAAGAUUCUUCUUGAAUUUUUGAUUUUUUUUGUGAUCCUCUUUGCUAAAAUCAAACACAGAUUGAGAGGAUUUACACUCUAAAGGAUGCCAACACAUUAGAGCUGGAGUGUUUUAUGGAAACUACCAACACGGAACAUCAGAAGCAUCUGCAUAUCACGUAUGAGAAAGUCAGUGAAUAACAUCCAACAACGUGCAUGAAUUUCAAGUGAGAGAACUCAUUAAUUAAUUUUAUUCAGUGUAGUUUAAUAGAUUAUGACAUCAGCCAUGAGCUGUAUAAAUACGGGUUAUAUUCUCUAAGCAUAAACCACCUUUUUAUAGUAGGUGAUCAAUUAAGUUAGAACCUUGUUUUCUAUGUCUUACUCCAUGGGAUGGAAUUAAGUGAGAGAGGGCCUGAGACCAUGGCUGUAUGAACUGCAAGCUCUGAGUCGCUUAUAGUUAACUCUUUGAUAGUUUCAUUUUCAAAGUAAAUCUCUUGCUGUUAGUUUUAUUUAAUUUUUAUUUGCCAAGUUUUAUAAGGGCAUUUCAGUUUGUUUUCUGCAGGCAUGGUGAGCACCAAACAAAACAUCCCUUAGGCAGCUUCUUACACUGUCUGACAUACUAUCGACAGAAUUAACAAAAAUAGUAAUAAUAACAGUAGUGUAAAAUUUAAUGUAGGGGGAGUAACAUUAGAUUUCAGCAUUAUAGGGAGUGUACAUAAAAUGAUGGUGAAUAUAGUUGCGGAAGAUAAAAAUUAAUAUUGUAAUACAUUUAAAAAAGUGGUAACAUACAGUUGGAGCAUGUUUUAAUUUUUCCUUUCAAGAACAAAACAAGAGUGACUAGACUAUUAAAUACGAGUUGAUUUGGUUUUGAACAAAUUGUUGGGUGAUAAGGGAGAAAUCACAGAGAUUUCAAAGUGCGGUAAAGAGAUAACUAUAAGGAUGAUUGUUUAUCGUGGCUUAAAAGUCGCAUGAUUAACAAUAACAUUAUAUGAAGAGAUCCAGUGGCACAGAAGUAAGAGGUUAUUUGUAUAGGUAAUAGCAUGAUUUGUAGUGAUAUUUGGCAUAAAUACCACGAGUCAUAUUUCAAAAUUGUUAAACAUAAUUUCACGAGCCAUUAGGCGAGUGAAAUUUGAGACAAUUUUGAAAUAUCACAAAUGGUAUGUAUGUCAAAUAUCACAUACAAAUCAUGCUAUUAUUUGUUUAUACUACUAACCACAAAAGGUUUGUAAUUUUCACAUGUAGGUAUUUCAAAUUAAGCUGAAAUACCACUGCUCUAAGCCAAUCAAAUUGCAGAAAUUUCUCAUGUAGUAGUAUAAAG